GUCGUCUCCAUCUGCCUGAUGCCCAGCCUCUUGGACGACCCCAACCUCCCCGAGGACGCCAAGAGCCGCGCCCGCCACGUGCUGGAAGGAUGCAAGGGCGGCUCCCUGGGUUCCUACAGUGACUCUGCUGGCAUUGAGAUCAUCCGACGCCACGUGGCCGAAUACAUCGAGAGAAGAGAUGGCUUCCCUUCGUGCUGGGAGAACAUCGUUCUGUGUGCCGGGGCAUCUGAAGGAAUCAGAGGAACAAUGAAACUGAUGAUCAACCAUGAAAAUGGGGUGAAGCCUGGCGUCAUGAUCCCCAUUCCUCAGUACCCUCUCUACUCUGCCACCAUUGCAGAGUUUGACCUCCAUCAGAUUGGCUACUACCUUGAUGAGUCCAAGAACUGGAGCCUCGACCUGGCGGAGCUGAAACGUGCCUAUGACGAUGCCAAGAGUGUGUGCACCCCCAAGGCCCUUUGUGUGAUCAACCCUGGAAAUCCCACAGGUAAUGUGCUUACAAGAGAAAACAUUGAAGGAAUCAUCAAGUUUGCCCACGAAAGGAACCUCUUCCUGUUUGCUGACGAGGUGUAUCAAGAUAACGUGUAUGCAGAGGGGAGCAAAUUCCACUCGUUCAAGAAGGUCUUGAUGGAGAUGGGUGAGCCCUACAAUAAGAUGGAACUUGCGUCGUUCAUGUCUUGCUCCAAAGGAUACAUGGGUGAGUGUGGAUUGCGAGGAGGUUAUGCAGAAAUCAUCAAUUUGGACCCAGCUGUGAAGGCCAUGUACCUGAAGAGCAUCUCGGCCAAGCUCUGCCCCACAACUUUGGGCCAGGCUGUAAUGGAGUGCGUUGUCAACCCUCCGAAGGAAGGCGAGCCAUCUUACGAGUCAUUCAUGAAGGAAAAGCAAGGUGUUCUGAGCUCCCUGGCCACCCGGGCGAAGAUGGUCGCAGAUACUUUCAACUCUGUGCCAGGAAUGAGUUGUAAUAUUGUCCAGGGGGCAAUGUAUGCCUUCCCACAGAUCACAUUGCCAGAAAAGGCUAUUGAGGCUGCCAAGAAAGAAGGUCAGGCCGCAGAUGUGUUUUAUGCAUUCCAGCUUCUAGAGAACACAGGCAUCUGCAUUGUCCCAGGUAGUGGUUUUGGCCAGCGACCAGGAACAUAUCAUUUCAGAACCACCAUCUUGCCGCAGCCCGACAAACUCAAGGUCAUGCUUGAGAAGUUCCGGGAAUUCCACUCCAACUUCCUCAAGCUCUAUGAGUAAAUUGCUCAACCUGCUUGUCUGCUCAUUUACUGUAAGAAUCAUAAUGAUGCUCAUCCUCAAAAUUUUCACCUGGGAGAAGAGGAAUGAAUAUAUAUUAGCUUAAUGGUUUGGGGAAAUAUUAACACAUUUCAGCAACAUAUCUUUAAUGAUAGAAGAAGGAAACUAUUAUCAAGCUAUCACAGGGAAAAAACACAAACAAGCGUUGACUGUGGCUCAUAUCACUAACCUGCAAACUGUGGCUGCAGGGAUCACCUUUGCACGGCACAGCAUAUACCUGGAACAGAAGACCGUAUAGGGAGUACAACAGAAUGAAGUUGAUUUCAGAAAUUGGCUUCAUGUCCAUCAUUAUUUUCUUAAAACUUUUUUUUUUUUUUUGAAGUUCGAGUUAUGAUAUGCUGACAAGCACAAGAAGUUAUGACAGCUCUUUAUUAUUUUUCUUUAUUUCUUUUUUAUUCUUUAUUUCUCCUGUAUAAAGUAGUAUAUAAAAGACACUGUUAUAUCAGCAUGUUCUAGUGCUGCAGUGUUGUUGUUUUGAAGAAUGUUAAUAUUUUGACAUAUUUCUCACAACACUUGGUAAUUAAAAGGUGUAAAUACAACAUUGAAUAGCUUCAAGUUGGAGUUGUGAUAUAGCUAAAUGUAUCAUUGGCCUUUUUAUUCUUCUUUCUAAUUUCUCAAUUUCUCUUUGUUAUCCUUCCCUUCCACAUACACAAGUAAAUUGAAUGGUAAAUUAACUCUGACUAUGGUUUUAAGGGAAGCCUUGUAUUAUACUUGGUAGUAUUAUUCUAGAGAAGUCAUACAGUAUUGUAUUUGUCCAAAUAAAAGACGGGCCAUCUAGGUAUGCUAAAUAGACAUAAAGGAAAACUAGAUAUCUGUACUAGCAACGUUGGCCGCUGAGUCAGGGAAAGUGUGCAUGUGUUUAGAAUUGUGUAUGUGAGUAGUUAAAAAAUUUGUAAAAAAAUAAAAGAUAAAUUGAAAUAAUGUUAGUGAUGAGUUUUGUUGGAAUUAUAAUUUGAAAUUAUUAUCUAUAUAUUAAAGAAGUGACAUACUCAUGUGAAGACUAUACAGGUCAUUUGAAGUCAACAAAUAGUGAUGGUUCUCACAAAAAUGAUACUUAAGAAUUUUAUCAUGACGUCUAAAAAAAGAAAAGUUUAUUUGUGGUUACAACAAUUGCAUACAUAUACAAGCCACAUCAGUAUAUGCCCUAUACUAGCUCACCACUGAGGUGCACAUCUCACAUCUCACAAACUCACAUUUUCCAAAAUGAAUUGAAUGUAAUACUGCAGGGAACACAUAACUUUCUGCAGGGAACACAUAACUUUAGCAAAAAAUUCACACCAUUAUCAAUGAAUACAAACUCAUUAUCGGAGACCCAUAGUCAGUUCUCUUCACUUACCUGAAACGAUACCAAGCUGUGAUAUCCAUGUCUUGCUGCAACACGGAACCGAAUAGCGUGGGAAAAGUAAUAGUUGUAUUAGGUCUAAUAAAAAAAUAUAUGAUUAUUA